CGACAACCGCCAGCAAAUCAAAAGUAGAGAAGUACUUCGAUAACACUGGUGAUGAAUGAGUGACCACAGAGACCCUCCAGCUGCCGCAGCAGCUGCUUCAGACUAACUUUUUAACAUUACACAUUUGGUUCCGUCUUCGUUUACUUCUAUCGUCAUCAAUACUCGCCGCUACUGACGCUGCUGCUGUGACAGACAACACACAACAGCCGUUCGUUUCGUAAGACGCCUCAGUUAGCUCGAGGUUAGCAUGCUAGCUGCAGCCAGGGUGAAGUCAGUGAAUGUCGGUGAGACGGGCUCUGGUGAGCUGUGUUGUGCUGUCUGUACAAGAUGCCUGUGUGUUUUAUCCCUGCUGUGAAGGCUGCUUCUCCAGGGUCGAUGUCGAUCAGCGCGACACGACGAGAUGCAGAUGUUCCAGAUGUGGUUACAGCUGUCUCAGGGAACAGGUUGAUUACAGAUAUCGUCUCUCUCUGACGGUGACCCGGGAGAGUUGCAUAUUUGGAGUAACAGUAUUUGGAACCUGCUUGAACCCAUUCUUUGGCAUCCCUGCGAGUGGAUUACAGAGGUUGGUGGAGAAUGUAGAUGGACAAGUUGGAGCAUCAACCAGAGCCUCACUGUUGGCGAAAGCUGUCAAGGACUGUUUCAUUGGCAGACAUUUCAUCUUUGGUAUAAAGGUCACUGGAACAGAGAGUGGACUUUGUUUUGGGGGGCCCGGACUCAGUAAAGAUGGAGACAGAAUCCAGUUUAUCGCCAGUCAGAUGAUUCUCCCCAAAGCUGCAGGCCUGGGUGGCUGCACAGUGGUCAGCUACUAUCGAACCCUUCUUCAGAAAGCUGCAGAAAAUGAGCUGGGGUCCAAAACCUCCAGACCCCUUGAAACAACCCGGCUGCUGAUUCGUCAUCUUUCUCCAUUCAGCAGCUUUAAUAACUCCAUACUUUCUACCCCAGGGCUUCUUUCCCUCUCCCUGCAAAGGUCGCAGCACCAAGACAGCACCCUUUCUCCGACUCCUCCAUGGCAACAAUCACUGGGACUAGUUACUUCCUCAGCAGAGCAGGAGGAAGGCUUCGGUACCCAGGAUUAUAGAGGAAAUGAAAACAGCUGCCAGGAAACCAAGCAUCAUUUACAGAGAGUGUGUCUGGAUAAGCACAAAGUCACAGAGGAGAGAGCUCUGUCACCUCUUAUUUCUUCAGAGUACAGAUCUGAUUUUACUCAAUCAUUUGCCAAUUGCCCAAACAGGUCUUUUGAGAAAGCUGUUGAAACCACCCCCCUCAUAAACUCUUGGUUCAGUACCUCCCCGCCUGGCCACACAAGGGAUUUACCACUCAGCUGUAAAACGAAGGGGUUUUCUACAAGACAACUCCCCAAAACAUUUUCGUCAAGCUCCGUGGGGUGGGAGGAUUUGCCUUUCUCUGAGAGUCUCACAGAUUUUUUGUGCGAGGAACACAAAGAUUUUGACAUUGUGAGUGGAACUGAGCCACAUCUAAAUGUGCAAAAUCAGAGCGAAACAGUAAGAAACAACCUGGAAAUAAGAUCUCAAGACAAGAACUUGUCAAUUGAAUCAACAUCUGUUUGUCAAAGUAGCACACAGAUAGCAGAGAGCCACUCAUGGAUGUUACACGAUAUCACUAAUACGACAAACAACGUUGGUGACCGACAUGAUUUGUCUGACCUGGUGUGCAAGGACUAUACUGACGUUGUAAACAAGGGUCAAGCUAGAAGCAUUUGUUUCCAUCGGUGUAAUGAGGAAGGUGAGGUGUCCUUUGAAAACCAAGAAGAACAGCUCGAAGGAGAAGCCUACGAUUGUUCAGUAGACCUAUUCGGUUGCUCUCUAAUGAUGGACACAAACAUAAAGUCGCCCAACACACAUUCAGAAAGUGUCAGGAGGACCACAGAACCUUGCGCUCUGCUUUUGAAGCAGCACCUUAGGAGCGACAUUAAUGUCACACAUACAACACCAGACAAACAGAAACUGAGAAGUAUGAAGAGCAGAAACAGAGACAGUUUCGUUCCACAAGGCACACAAGAUCCCGACUUCAUCCCCCCCGCUCAGUCCACCCCAAUUGUAAAAGUAGAUGUGUCAGCUUCACCUCUCUCCUCAUCCUUCUCAUCGACAUUAGGUGAAUUCAGUGCACAACCAUACAGUCAAUUUACACCAAAAAGGAGAUUCUGGAAACCAAACAAGCCUAAAAAACUGCUGCAGGCUCAGCAGCCCCUUAGGGUCCAGAGCGGGCGUCUCCGCCUGCAGACACCAGAAAGGAUUAACCGCAAACGUGACUCUAGUGUUUGUGAUGUGACUGAGGACAGUGAAGUAUUUGUUCCUCCAACCCCUGCUGCUAAAGGACGACUGAGUGUGAAGCUCAGAAGAAGAAAAAGACAGACUGGUAACAGCAGCAAUACUUUGGUUUCUACUUGGAAAGCGCAGCAGGGAGAUGGAGUCGAUGAUAAAAGAAAUCUGUUGGAACAUCAUCUGUCAUCACUCACAUCAUCUCAGAAAGAACUGGCACAAACAGGAAACUGUGGUGGUGGUGGUGAGGCGGGUGAUGUACGGAGUCUGGAUGGUUCUAAUGGUUUCCUCCCAGAUGAUGAGAACCAGGCAUGUGAUUGGUCUAGAGAUCUAUUCUCUGACUCAGCCUGAGAGAUAUCCAUGCAAAUGACUUGAUUCAAUGAUCCAAAGGGAUUUCUAUGCGUUUCAUGCCAGCAACCAAAGUGAUUAUUAAUCUACUGUUGUAUUGAAAAGAGUAGUUUUAAUUUAACCUCUCUUACUGUUGCUAAUCCUCCAGAGGGAUCUGAGAAUAGAGCACACACAUUUAACACUGAAGACCGGCUAUUUCCUCUGUAUCUCUGACCAUAUUCAGACACUCGGGACGGGAACUCAAACCUUUAAUUAGGUUCCAGUUUUAAAUGAUUGAAGACUGUUGUAUUGAUAAGCUCCAAAGUUAUUUGUUCUCCUCUCUGUAUUCGAAAAAUCCUGACAAUAUAUUUAUAAUUGCUACAGAAGCAGUAUCUUGCACAUUUUAUCUCACUAACUACUGACCAAGAUAUUUGUCUACAUUUUCACACACAAACACGCUCAAAUACACUAAUACCAGGACACAAAAUUGAGACCCAUCAAAGUCACAAAUGUUUUGUCAGACAAAGUAGAAGUUAAAAUAAAAAAAGAAAUGACGAGGUCAUGUAAGAC